GACAUGCACUGACGGAGGAAAGUGGGAAGAAGAGCAACGCGGGGUCAACCAGCGAUUACGGUGGCACGUGCCAAGCAAAGCCUUUCAACUUGAUUGGGAUGAUGGAAUGCAACGGCUUGUCCACCUACUCCUGCCUUCACAACAGCAACUGCGAGUGGAUGCAGGGCAGCCAACCCCGUCACGACUCCAGUUACGGACCGGGUGGAAAGUGCCAAGCAAAGCCGUUCAACCUCUUCGGCGGCUUCGAAUGCAACGGCUUGUCCAGAUGGUCCUGCAAGCAGAACAACAACUGCGAGUUCGUGAUCGGUUGA